GCCCCGGGCCGCCUGUAGAGUCCUGCCUCUGCGCCCUAGGCUCGCUUUCUAGAGCCUCUGCGCGCCCUUCCUUUCACUAGUUUCUCUGGGAGCCGGGGCCCCGCCCGUUUCCCGUCUCUAGGCCCCUGUUCGUGCCCUCCUCAGCCCGCCCCUCUCCUCCGCGCCUCUACUGCUUCUGCUGAAAGUGGAGGCUCCAUGUUGUCCCCUCAGCGAGCGUUAGCGGCUGCCUCGAGAGGAGCAGGUGAUGCCAUGGAGAGUGGAAGGCCUGGGCCAGUGCAAGUCGUUUUGGUUCACAAAGACCAACAUUCCUUUGAGCUAGAAGAGAAAGCCUUGGCCAGCAUCCUCCUACAGGACCAUAUCCGAGAUCUUGAUGUGGUGGUGGUAUCUGUGGCUGGUGCCUUCCGAAAGGGCAAGUCCUUCAUUCUGGACUUCAUGCUACGAUACUUAUAUUCUCAGAAGGAAGGUGGUCAUUCAAAUUGGUUAGGUGACCCAGAGGAACCAUUAACAGGAUUUUCAUGGAGAGGAGGUUCUGACCCAGAAACCACCGGGAUUCAGAUCUGGAGUGAAGUUUUCACUGUAGAGAAGCCAGGUGGAAAGAAGGUUGCAGUUGUUCUGAUGGAUACCCAGGGGGCAUUUGACAGUCAGUCAACUGUGAAAGACUGUGCUACCAUCUUUGCUCUGAGCACCAUGACUAGUUCUGUUCAGAUAUACAAUUUGUCCCAGAACAUUCAGGAAGAUGAUCUUCAACAGCUGCAGCUCUUCACAGAAUAUGGUCGUCUGGCAAUGGAUGAAAUUUUCCAAAAACCCUUCCAGACACUCAUGUUUCUGGUUCGAGACUGGAGUUUCCCUUAUGAGUAUAACUAUGGACUACAAGGAGGGAUGGCAUUUUUGGAUAAACGUUUACAGGUGAAAGAACAUCAACAUGAAGAAAUUCAGAAUGUUCGAAAUCACAUUCACUCAUGUUUCUCUGAUGUCACCUGUUUUCUGUUACCACAUCCAGGACUCCAAGUGGCCACAAGCCCUGACUUUGAUGGGAAAUUGAAAGAUAUUGCUGGUGAUUUCAAAGAGCAGUUGGAGACACUAAUACCAUAUGUAUUAAAUCCAUCUAAGUUAAUGGAAAAGGAGAUCAAUGGCUCAAAGGUCACCUGCCGGGGACUGUUGGAGUAUUUUAAGGCAUAUAUUAAAAUUUAUCAAGGAGAAGAUCUGCCUCACCCCAAAUCCAUGCUUCAGGCCACUGCUGAAGCCAACAAUUUAGCAGCUGCAGCCUCUGCCAAGGAUGUUUAUUACAACAACAUGGAAGAGGUUUGCGGGGGAGAGAAGCCUUACUUGUCUCCAGACAUUUUAGAGGAGAAGCACUGUGAAUUCAGACAGCUCGCUCUGGACCAAUUUAAGAAGACCAAGAAGAUGGGUGGGAAGGAUUUCAGUUUUCGUUAUCAGCAAGAGCUGGAGGAGGAAAUCAAGGAACUCUACGAAAACUUCUGCAAGCACAAUGGGAGCAAGAAUGUUUUUAGCACCUUCCGAACCCCUGCAGUGCUGUUCACGGGCAUUGUGGCUUUGUAUAUAGCCUCUGGCCUCACUGGCUUUGUUGGUCUUGAGGUUGUGGCCCAGCUGUUCAACUGCCUAGUUGGACUGCUGUUAAUAGCACUCCUUACCUGGGGGUACAUCAGGUAUUCCGGUCAGUACCGCGAGCUGGGUGGAGCUAUUGACUCUGGCGCAGCGUAUAUAUUAGAGCAGGCUUCUUCUCACAUUGGUAAUUCUACUCAGGCUGCUGUGAGGGAUGCAGUUGUUGUGCGAUCUCCGGCGGAUAAAAAAGCUCAGUAGCCUUAACAUGAGGAUCCAGCAAGAGCCCGACCAGUCCCUAGAAUCUCGGUUUCUGCCAUGGCCACAGGUCUAGAGGAACAGCAGGCCUGAGACCAUCCAGGGAGAGCUGCAAUAGUACACUGUAAUAAAUGAAUUGACCUCUCCUGUGGCUUCAUAUUCUUAAACAUGCUUUUAUUUCUGUGGAAGCAUUCCUUUUCUUUGCUGUUAGAUCCAAAUUUAGGUCUGUUUUCUUACUACUCUCUGCUCUGUGCACUUUAUGGGAGAAAAAGCUAAAGGAAAAAGUGGAAAUGCAGCUUUUAAGUCUCUUAUGUGCCAUUUAGUGCCUUUUAAGAUGAAAUCUAUGCUUUUUGUGGACAUGAAGGGAAGGGAUGGAGAAUAACCUCAUGAAAUAACGCUGUUUAUAGGUGAAACUAAUCAGUUCUCUUACACCUUACUCUUGUUUUGUUUUUUUUUUUGGUACUGGGGAUCGAACUCGGGUCCUUGUGCUUGCGCAGCAGGCGGAGAAACCACUGAGCUAAAUCCCCAGCCCUCUUAUACCUUACUCUUGAGAAGGAUUCCUUUUUAAAAGUUUACAAAACUUGGAAAAACUUUAGAACUAAAGAUUAACUGAAAUGGGGCCAGGGAUCUAGCUCAGAGGUUCCGGCGCCUGCCCUCGCAAGUGCAAGGACCCGAGUUUGAUCCCCAGUACCAAAAAAAAAGAUUAACUGAAAUGAUGCCAUUAUGCUUUAAAGAUCUUAUUUGUAAUAUUGGUUUUCUGUUUGUCAUAUAAUGUGGGAAAAUCAUGUAUGUAAAUGUACCAUACUCUGGAAUGUAAGGUCUUUUACCUGAUAGGUUGGCGGUUUUAUUGAACCUGGUCUCUAUUUUUUGUUGAUAAUGUUGUUCCUAUAGCUUCUUUUCAGAAAAGAGGCAAAUGUGCCUUGAAAAGCCAAGGGGGUUCAUAAUGGAAGGAAUGAGUUACUUUAAAAAGCUGAUUUUGAAUGAACCUGUGACCUCUAAUAAGUCACUUGAACUUGUGCCUUGGUCAAAGCCACUGUGGGUUUCUAUGUUUAUGUGUUAUAUGCAGCUCUCACACUUGCCAUUUGACAGGUUUUAUUUUUGAGAGUUCUGUGUAAGUGUAAGACUUUACUAAAGGUUAGAGAAAAGACAUCACCAGAUAUUAUUGCCUUUAAUUAAUGCCCUAUUUCAUGUGGCCUACCACUAAUUAAUAAAUAGCCCAAGUUAAGGUCCCUGCUCAAACUGUU